UCAAAAGUCAAAACAAUAAAGUCACCAUUGUUUCAAAGCUAAUUUGUUUAUUUAUAUAACAGUAAACAAAGUGUGUAGAUAUUUCAUGUAAAUAGAUUCAGUUCUAUGCGUAGAAAACAUGGCUACGAUGAUUAAGGAAAAGCGUCGAGAGAAAAAGAAAGCAAAGGAGAAAAGUUCUAUCAGCCAAGUAUUAGAGAUAGAAGAUCCUCCUAUUCCCACUCGGUCAUCGUUAGAAUUAAAUGCAGAUAUUAUGACUGCCGAUGCUGCCAGUGAACAACAAACUAUUACGACGCCUGCAGUUGAAACUUACAGCACUAAAUCUAGUCAUGAACAUGUCAAAGAUACAACUAUAACAUCACAUUCAGUUGAAAAUACAACUGAAUCUAAUAAUCAAAAGGAAGUAGUUAAAACAGAACAAUUAGAGGUUCAACAUUUGAAACCAUUGCGGGAUGAACAUGCGGGGAAAACAUUUGAAGAUUUGAAUUUAAAAUUAGAACGAAUGUCUAUACCAGCUCCUAGUGCUGUACAGACAUUAGAAGUAGAACAAACAUUAGUAUUACCUAAUGAAUAUGUAUCAAAUGACUCUACCAUGGAAAUAAAGAGUCAGAUUAUUGAAGAUGACAUCGUAGUACCUUCUGCACCUACUUUUGAAAUAGAGGAAGUCCCUCAGGCCACAUAUACACAUCCUGUAUUAGUCAAGGAAGUACCAGCACCACUAAUUGAAUAUAAAGUCCAGUGUAUGCCUCUGGAGCAAGCAGUUUGGAUUUAUGGUGGGAAAGAGAUAGCCGAAGUUAAAUCUUUAAGUGAGAGGGAGGAGGCAGCAGUAGAAACUGGACCAGUCAGUGGACCUGAACAUCCAUUAGUAGAUCUACUCUCAACUUUACGACAAUCUUACACAGCUCUAGAACGUGAUCGAACACAAUUGUUCAAUGGAUUCGCUGAAGAAGAGAAAUACAGAUCAACACUUUGGAAGAUUGAAAAGAAGACUUUACAUUUGUCGGAGCAGUGCAAGUGUGGGGCCAGUGUGGACUUUUGGGGCUCAUAUGAAGAUGCUCAGCUGUUGAAGGAUAGAAUACCUGCUGCUCGAAUGAGACUGACAGCUCUCUUGAGAGACAUCCAGGAAUCAUACUGCCAUCAUCAAUAUUCGGCUCUUUUAGCUUUUUGCCAGAUAGAGGAAUUUUUAUCUGGAAUUAUCAAAACAAACAAAAACGAAAUACGUGAAGCUCUUACUUUAAUACUGCAAGCGUUAAAGUUGAGCGACAAUGCACCUCCGGCGCUAGCUAAAGUGUUGCAGCGUUGGGCGACUGCACUCUCCGUUGCACUCGUCGACGGUCGAGAUUUGAGGCAGUUGUUAUUUCUAAUACAUCAUUUGUUCAGACAAACUCGGUCGGUGCGGUGGGCGGCGCCGGCGGUGUCGGCGGGUGCGGGCGCGGCCAGCGGGCCUGAACUGCUGGCGCUGCUCGAGCUGCUGCUGACGAGGCCGCCGGCGCUCGAACAUGCCGCCGAGUGCACAGAGGAGGGCGCGGGCGGCUCGGCGGCGGAGGCGGAUGCGUGGGAGGAGGUGGGGCGCGGGGGCGCGGGGGGCGCAGUGAGCGAGGGCGCGCUGCGCGAGCGAGACCUGCUAGCGCUACUCCGCGCCGCGCCGCUACGACGUCUCGUCGGCACCAUCAUGCUGUUCCCAGAUAUCGACGUGCGCAGAAUGCGGGCGGAGGACUGGCGCGCGGGGGGAAGCGGCGCGCUGCGGGCGGCACGUGGCGUGCGCGCGCUACUGGCCGCGCUGCAUCGUGCUCGCGUCGCGCAUCCCAACUACACCCGCCUGCACCGCGCCCUGCGCACGCUCUCCGCCCGCGCGCUGCGGGCGCUCGCCGCCCUGCACCUGCACGCCAGGUACCUCGCGCGGCCGCACUACACGCACACUACACACUACACCCGCCUGCACCGCGCCCUGCGCACGCUCUCCGCCCGCGCGCUGCGGGCGCUCGCCGCCCUGCACCUGCACGCCAGGUACCUCGCGCGGCCGCACUACACGCACACUACACACUACACCCGCCUGCACCGCGCCCUGCGCACGCUCUCCGCCCGCGCGCUGCGGGCGCUCGCCGCCCUGCACCUGCACGCCAGGUACCUCGCGCGGCCGCACUACACGCACACUACACACUACACCCGCCUGCACCGCGCCCUGCGCACGCUCGCCGCCCUGCACCUGCACGCCAGGUACCUCGCGCGGCCGCACUACACGCACACUACACACUACACCCGCCUGCACCGCGCCCUGCGCACGCUCGCCGCCCGCGCGCUGCGGGCGCUCGCCGCCCUGCACCUGCACGCCAGGUACCUCGCGCGGCCGCACUACACGCACACUACACACUACACCCGCCUGCACCGCGCCCUGCGCACGCUCUCCGCCCGCGCGCUGCGGGCGCUCGCCGCCCUGCACCUGCACGCCAGGUACCUCGCGCGGCCGCACUACACGCACACUACACACUACACCCGCCUGCACCGCGCCCUGCGCACGCUCUCCGCCCGCGCGCUGCGGGCGCUCGCCGCCCUGCACCUGCACGCCAGGUACCUCGCGCGGCCGCACUACACGCACACUACACACUACACCCGCCUGCACCGCGCCCUGCGCACGCUCGCCGCCCUGCACCUGCACGCCAGGUACCUCGCGCGGCCGCACUACACGCACACUACACACUCCACCCGCCUGCACCGCGCCGCGCACGGCUGCACCGCCCGCGCGCUGCGGGCGCUCGCCGCCCUGCACCUGCACGCCAGGUACCUCGCGCGGCCGCACUACACGCACACUACACACUACACCCGCCUGCACCGCGCCCUGCGCACGCUCUCCGCCCGCGCGCUGCGGGCGCUCGCCGCCCUGCACCUGCACGCCAGGUACCUCGCGCGGCCGCACUACACGCACACUACACACUACACCCGCCUGCACCGCGCCCUGCGCACGCUCUCCGCCCGCGCGCUGCGGGCGCUCGCCGCCCUGCACCUGCACGCCAGUACGUCGUACGAGAGGGCGCUACGUGAUGAGAUAACGGCAGAGAUGGAGGCGUGUUACAUGGCGGGCGUGAAGCUGUUCGGCACCAGCCAACUGCAGCGGCUGCCCGCCACUCUGCUGGCGGACAACAGCGCCAGCGACUAUUACUACACGCUCAUCAUCGGACUGCACGAUAAGGACCAAAACCAGCUGGAAGUUCUGCCAAUAACGGUACCGUUGUUGUCAUGCAAGCAGCGCGUGGAGGUGGUGUCGCAGGCGACCAUCGACCGUCGUCACGACCACCAGCUCGCCAGGGUCGUGGUCGAGUUCUUACUACAGGCAUGUGUGAAGCGUAAACCAGCGGCUUGCGGCGGCGCGGGCGGCUGCGAGCACGCGGCACGUGCGUGGUUGCCACGUGUACUGCACGCGCAUCCAUACCUCUACACCAUCGCUCUACAUCUGCUCGCCGAUAUCUACCAGAUGUCGCCGCUGGAGGCGUGUUGCGUGCAGUACCUGCGCGUGCAGGCGUGGCGGCCGACGUUCGGGGACGCGCGCGCCGUGCUCGACGACUGGGCGCGCCGCUGUCCGCCGCUGCUGGCGCCGCUGCUCCUCAACCUCGACUAUACUCCGCACAGCGGUGUGUCACUGGAGGUGCAGCUGACGAUCGGGUCGUGGGUGUGUGCCCGCGGGCGGUCGUGGGCGGGCGGCGGCGCGGGCGAGGCUCUGUGGCGCAUACUGCGGCGGCUGCGGGUGCACCGCGCGUGCUGGGCGCUGCCGCUGCUGGCGCCCGACCCCGACCCGGAGCCCGACCCCGAUGAUCACUUCGCCAACGCGUACGCGCUGCUCUCCAGCUCUUGGGGGCAUUGUAUUCCAUUGAUAUGUUCGCGAGGCGCGGAGGCUCUGGCGCGGUUGGCGGGCGCGGGCGCGGCACGCACUGCUGACGCCGUGCACUGCCUGGCCGCCGUCCUGCUCGCACUCUCGCCCUCGCCAGAGUCCGUCUCGCGCGCGCACGCAUUCACAGAAGUAUUUAACACGUUACUAAACUCGGGCCCGAAGCUGGUGCUGCGCGCACUGGGGCUGGGCGGCGCCAGUGGCGCCCAGUUGCUGAUGAAGCUGAUGUUGGCACAACUUGCUGACGGACAAUGCGGCGAGUACCCGUGCGGCGCGGUGCUGGCGUGCUGGCUGCGGGCGGCGUGGCGGCCGCGGCUCGCAGCCUCCGGCGCCGCGCUCGUGGACGCCGCGCUGCUCGCCGCCAGGGACUGGCCCGCCGCAGACGCGCACGCCGCGCUGCUGCUGCAGGGACUGGCCGCCGCAGACGCGCACGCCGCGCUGCUGCUGCGGUCGCACACUAGUAUAGCCCCCUCCGACCGCUCGCCGCCAGGGACUGGCCCGCCGCAGACGCGCACGCCGCGCUGCUGCUGCAGGUCAAUCCCGCACACUAGUAUAGCCCCCUCCGACCGCUCGCCGCCAUCCCGCCGCAGACGCGCACGCCGCGCUGCUGCUGCAGGUGACUCCCGCACAUAUUGCAUAAAGACCGCUCGCCGCCAGGAACUGGCCGCCGCAGAAACGCACGCCGCGCUGCUGCUGCGGGUCGGCUCCCGCACACUAGAGUGCAACCGCGAGCAGUUGACUGCGUGGUGCCGCGCGGUAUCGUCCGCGCCGCUGGCGACCGAGUGUCUGCUGCGCGCCGCGCACGCGCACGAGCUGCGCGCGCACCUGCCGCGCCUGCUGGACGCGCUGCACCGACAGCGCGCCGCCGCACGCAGGACACACGUGGACCACGCGCUGCAGGAAAUCAACGCAAAUGUGGCCGCAGAUGAGCUGGUGGUGUACCGAGCGUGCGCGGCCGCACUGUCGUCGCCGCCGCAGCACCCCGCGCACCUGAUGCUGUGGCGGCUCUUCAUGCACAUAUACCUGCAGCGCCCGUCCUGCAGCCCGAACGAGGCCACAGCACCAAUAGGACCGUUGUUCUUCAGCGGGAUUGUAAAGUCGCGAAUGCUCUCAAAUGUAAGAAAACGAUUACAAGAAGUUAUAACAUACCAUCAGAAUGAGGCGAAGUCACUCAGCGCUACUUGCACUACUCCGAACAGUGAGGCUGAAGCCAAAACCCUCACGAUUUCAAAAUCGAAUGAAACGAAGCGAGUUAAAUCGAGUAAUGCAAUCGAUAGUGACUUGCCGCCUGGUUUGACAGCUACCGAUUUCACUGGGGAAGCGAGCGAUGAAAGCGAUACUGAUAGUGAUGAGGAGGAUCUUGAAGAAGACGAGAAGACCGAUACUGAUGAAGUGCAGCAGGCGGUCAGUGAAACUGUAGAAGAGGAUAAGACCAAUCUGAUUAAUUACCAUGUUUGUGCUGAAAAAAUGGUGCGCGAGUACUCGCGGUGGUUGGACGAGGGUUCGCAGACGCACGCGAUGCCGCACCACGCCGACCUCGCGCGGUACAUGCCCGAACAGGCACUGUCGGCGGCGUGGCAGGCUCGCCUGCGGGGGCUGCGGGCGGCGGCGGGGCCGGGGGCGGGGGCGGGGGCGGCGGGGGACGGCCAGUUCCCGCUGCCGCCGCCGCCGCGGCCGGGCGUGGCCCGACGCCCGCCCGUCUAUACGCCACAGCCCACCGUCUUCGAGACAGCCGUCGCCAACUUACUCGAGAUAAAGGAAUACUCAGAAAAGAGCCGAUCAAGAGGGCCGACACUGAAGUCACCAGUUGGCGACUUGACGUACACAGACGCCCGUUCACUCCUCGCAUACAUCGACAAGUACGUCAACGAUAUCGAGCAGUUUGCCCGUGAGUGGUGUAGUGAAGUGGAUCGCAUCACGUCGCUGGACGGCCGGCUGCUGGAGCUGGUGGUCCAGCUGCGAGUGCCGCGCUCGCUGCCGCCGCAGCGGAAGGCCUGCCCGCAGAACUGCAAGCCCAUCGUGCUAGUGCCCGACGUUCAAGAAUGGUGUAGAUCAACUGGCGCAGAAAACAGUAUUCGAGAAAAUAGGACGAGCGCGCGCGCAGCAGUUCGUCGUUUAAUGCGUCCCGCACGCGUUGCGGUGCGAGCUGCCGUCGCUCUGCUAACUCUAGCCAGGGAGAUCCGCAGUGCGGAGACGGCGCGGCGAGCGGCGGAGCGUGCAGCCGCCGCAGACCGCGCCACGCCCGCGCUGCACGCCUGCACGCCCGCACGGGACGCGCUCAUAGCGCACGUGCAGCACCUCGCACAGGUACACUGCUUCAUGAUCCACGCCCGCGCUGCACGCCUGCACGCCCGCACGGGACGCGCUCAUAGCGCACGUGCAGCACCUCGCACAGGAUCCACGCCCGCGCUGCACGCCUGCACGCCCGCACGGGACGCGCUCAUAGCGCACGUGCAGCACCUCGCACAGAAGUGGUUGAGCGGCGACGGCGAGACGGUGGUGGCGCUGGUGUCGCGGUGGGCGGGCGGCGGAGCACUGCAGGCCGCGCUGGUGGGCGCCCUGCUGCAGCCGCGCCGCCUGCCGCCCGCCCAGCGAGCGCGCGUGUACGUGGCGCUGCUGCACGCCGCGCUGCCCGACCACGUCGCCUUCAGCCACCUCUCCAAGUUCGAGAUGUCGCAGUGGAGCAGCGAGGCGCCGGCGGAGGCCCGGCGCGGCGUGCUGGAAGCACUGCUGGCGGCCACCACCCGCUGGGGCGCCGCCGUCGACCAACAACACCACAUGCUGCUCGAGUUGGUGGGCGUACACAGCAGUGCGGUGGUGACGGCGGACGAGGCGUGCUGGUACGUGGUGGCGGCGGCCAGCGAGGGCGCGCGGGGACGCCUGCCACCACCACACUACCACCACCUGCAGCGCGCGCUGGCUCGCCUCGCGCACCACCUCACCGCGGACCAGCUGGGCAACGUAGCGCGAGAACUGGGCGGCAUGUGGUGGGAAGUGCGUUCCCGGGCACCGGCUGCUGCAACGUCGCAGCACACGCAGCACGCAGCACAGCAGGCGGCCGGGCUGGCUGCGCUGCUGCGAGACAUCCUGCGGGCCUUCGUGGCUGCCGCGCGAACUGCCAGCUACACACCCGAGCGGGUGGGCACGUACGCGUGGUCGGCGGCGCGGGAGGCGUGGUCGCCGUGGCUGCAGCCGGCGGCGGGCGUGGCGGCGCUGCUGCCCGCCCUCCUCCACCACGCCGACCACGACGCGGACCACACCACGGACCAUUACGGAGACAUGCUCACCAGCUUUGUCUCCAUGCUGCGUGUCCUCUGUGAUGAUUUUCCCGAUAUGGAGCGGCACCUUCUGGGGCAGGUGUGGGAGUGGAGCAUACAGACGUACGUGUCGGUGCAGGGCGCGCCGGCUGCGCAGGAGUGUCGGCUGCAGAUGUCAGCGUUAUUGUCGGCGCUGUCCCGCCUCCCCUGGCAGAGACACCAGUGGGUCACAGGUCAACACGUGCAUGCCGCGCUGCAGGUCUGCCGCAGUCCGGACAGAGAGAUCACGGCUUGGUGUAGCGCGACGUUCUCUGGUAUAGAGGCGGAUACGUGGCUGGGUGACGUCACGGGCGGUGACGUCACGUCGCCGUCGGCGGGGGUCGACCUGGCGCGGCGGCUCGCUGCUCUGCUCUCACUCUUCACCGCCGCCCCUAUGCCUUACACUGCACAGCAAUUGGAGGCUGCGUGUCGAUUGCCCUGGUGGUAUCUUCCUGAGACGACUCUGGAUGAAGCCCUUGAUAACUACUUUAUUGAACACUACGACACCAAUCUGCCAUACCACGAGAUACCGCAGUUCAGCGUGUUGAGGAGUGCGUGCGCGCUGCGGGGCGCGGACGUGUGGGCGGCGGGCGGGCUGCGGGCGGCGGCGUGGUCGCGGCGGGCGCGCUGCGUGUCGCGGUGGCAGAGCGCGGCCUCCUCGCAACAGUUGGUGGCGCACGUGCCCGCGCAUUGCGCCGCCAUGCUCCAAAUUCUGGAUGACCUCGCGCCAUUUGUAGAGGAGUCGAGUGGAGAGUUGGAAGAUUUGUUCAGUCGGGCGGUCGUCAUCAUGUGCGUGGAGUCGGCUGCUACUGUUGCACUACCUGCGUGGGUGCGGUGGGUGCGCGAGUGCGGGCCCGGCACGCGCGCGCUGCGGGCGGCCGCGGCGGCGGUGGCCGCGCUCACGCCGCCCGCCUACUGCGCCGCGCUCGCGGACGCAACCGCGCGCACCAUGCUAGCGCGACACGAAUGCGGCGGGUGGGAGGAGGUGCGAGCACGCUGGCAGCGCUGCACGUGGGCGGCGGAGGCGGCGGCCGCGCACGCGCACCUGCACGCCGCCUACGGGCUCGCGCACGCACUCACGCACCGCGACCGUGCGCGCUCCUUCCUCGCGCUGCUCGCGCUCAACAUUGACUUCUUGGAAAACGAGGUGAUAAUAGCCUUAUGGAUAUGCUAUGCAUGCCGCGCGGUGUGGCAGAGCGUGGACGAGGCCGGAGUGGAGGCGGCCGAGGGAAGCGCGGGGGGCGGCGGGGGCGGUGACGGCGGCGCGGGGGGCGACAGUGUCGCGGAGGCGGAGGACUGCCGUCGGGCGGCGGGGACGCUGCUGUCGCGGUGGGCGGAGCCUCCGCGCCGCACGCUGCUGCGGCUCGUCACGCUGCAGUCCAGCACUGACUCCCCCACUGCAGAGCACCGUGUGCUGUGCCUGCUGGCGCUGUACAUCCUGUCGCCUGGUGAGUCCACCGCGCGUAGUUACAACGCGGCCCUGUCCGCCCUGCCGGCCGGCCGGGCGGGGGGCGCGGCGGGGGCGGGGGGCGCGGGGGCGGCCCCCGAUGCCCCGCGCCGCUCGCGCCUGCCUCAUCUCGCCGCGCUGCUGUACCCGCGCUCCCGGACCUACUUCGAUCUCGAACUACAACUGGCCGUCGACGACUGAAUCCUAGUUGUAGCUCAAAACUAUAUCAUGAUACUUUUUAUAUUUUGAUUUUAUUAUGUAUUAUUAAGUAGUAUUCUAAUUAAAAUAUGUAUAAUGUGAAAUUUUCCACGUCGAGUAACGCACUCAACGUGGAAAAUGGACUGUGUGAUUGGGGUCGACGCCCUCGUCGGCGAGGACGAUGUCAUGUGUUUUUGUGCAGCGAGAUAAGAAUGGAGCGUAACAAUUGAAGGGAGAUUUGCUAAUAUUAUAGCUUUUGGUAUUAUCGGGGUCGUCACGAACGUGACUCGAGCGGUUUAUGACCAUGUGUAGAUACUGUAAGUCAAAUUGUUCAUUAAGAUUAUUAUGUAGGACAUUUUAGCCGCUUAUGAACUUAUUUUUUUUAUAGUAUAAUUUUUUCCCUACCGUCCAGUUCAGUAUAUCGAUCCAAUAACAACAAACUGGCAAUAAAAUCAAUUUAAUUACUUUUUUUUAAGCCAGUUUAUUUACAGUGUAUAUUUAUAUAGGCGUCUAUGUCUAACAUUACCUGAAAAUCCCGUGCAUGAACAACUAUUGCCAUGCACACAUUUAGGAAAUUGAGAUUUAAAGUUUUAUUAAAAAGAAUUUUGCUUUAAAAAAGAAGAUCGACUAGACAUUAGCAUUCAUAUGUCCAAUGUGAAGAAAUGAAAAUUGUUGCACUACAACAAAUCAGUAUCAACGUAGAUAUAUGAACUGUAUGAGUGAAGAAGAUAUGAUAGUCUGUAGAAAGGACGAAGAUAAUCUUUUAUAAGACUUAGACGACUGAAUAUGUAAGUGUGACCUCACCAAAUAAUGUAAAGGAUAAUUAAAAUCUUAAUUACUAUUAGCUUGUAUAUUAGUAAAUAAUAGGAUAUAGAAAUGAUUCCCGAAUGGACUAGUCCCCAAUUGUAAUGUUAAUUAUCGCAAUAUACUAUGUUGUAGUAUUUUAGAAUAUGCUAUUUUUUUUAUAUGUAUUUUAUCUUUUUGU